AGGUUUAUGGUUCUGGGGUUUUGAAGAUUUACUUGGACCACUGACAUCGUUAACUGGAUUAAGUUUGUUUACUACUCAAAAAAUUGAAGACAGUGCUCCUACUCUUCCAAAACAAGAUAUUUUUAUAUCUGGUCAUAAUGAAUCCAAGGAGGUUGGCUUGCAGUUUGAUGUUGGGCGCAUCAAUGAAAUUGAAAAGAAGCUUUCAUUAAUGGCUGCAAACUACAGCCGUCAAGAAGAAAGAUAUGAAAAACUGAUGAUGAUGAUUGUGCAAAUCCAAAAAAAAGUCGAUCAAAUGAGUGACAAAAGCCAUAUUUCAGCCAUAAUAACAAAUGUUUUAAAUCAGCACUUUCCAGAAAUCAAGGGCGAUAAUCAAAGGAAGUUCAUGGAUGGGUCUUCAUUUAUUAAUAAAGAACAUGAAUCACGUAUAUUGCGCCUAGAGGAACUCUUACAGCAACUGUCAAAGGAAAUUGAGAAGAACCAGGAAAUAGAUCUAUCCAGAACUAGUUUUGGAAAUAAUCAAGAUGGUAGCCUUCUAAUAAGAAUUCAGAAUCUUGAGCAGGAGAUUGCAGACCACAAGGCAGCAUUCCUAAGGGAAAAGACAGCAAAAACAAGUUGUGAGCAAGCAGACUGCGUCCUUCAAAAAGGCUCUCCUAAGCUGGCACCUUCUAAAGGAAGAGCCUCUUCAAUUUCACAUUCCAGUUUUGGAAAUAAUCAAGAUGGUAGCCUUCUAAUAAGAAUUCAGAAUCUUGAGCAGGAGAUUGCAGACCACAAGGCAGCAUUCCUAAGGGAAAAGACAGCAAAAACAAGUUGUGAGCAAGCAGACUGCGUCCUUCAAAAAUCUGCCCUGUUUGACUUAUCAUAG